UCACCUCAUAAGCAUAUGAUAUACACUCCAUCAGUUUAUAGUCAACACAAAAUAUACAUAACAAUCCCCCCAACACCUCAGCCAUGACACCUCAAUAGAAACUUGAAAUUGAAUGUAUGGAGAGGGGCCCUCUGCAGUAAGGGAGGCGUCGCCCCUUAUGGUCACAGGUGCAUUUACAUUAUAAAGCCCAGGGUGGGGGGCCCAGCACUAUGAAUACCUGGCUGCCCCCUCACACACUCACAACACACCUGACAAGCCAUGGAUUACCCAAGACAUUUCUGGGACCCCCUCUACAAGCCAGUCCCCGAGCCACACAGCAUAGAGAGGAUCCUGGCCAACACGGAGAACUCUCCUGGGGAGGCCAACGGAGGCCCCAAAAAGCCAAACGCUACCGAUGAGCGCAACAAGAAAUGCAAGAAGAAGAAUUAUCAACGCUACGCCAAGCCACCCUACUCUUACUUGGCCAUGAUCGCCCUCGUCAUCCAAACUUCCCCCGAGAGGAAACUCAGACUGUCCCAGGUUCUCCAAGAGGUCAGCACCCUCUUCCCUUUCUUCAAGGGGGAUUACCAGGGCUGGAAGGACUCCAUUCGACACAACCUCUCCUCCAAUAAAUGCUUCCGAAAGGUCCUGAAAGAUCCGCUGAAGCCGCAGGCUAAAGGCAACUAUUGGACGGUAGAUGUGAGCCGAAUUCCCGCCGAAGCCAUGAAGCUGCAGAAUACGGCGGCCACCCGUCAGGAAACCUACCCUCAUGACCUGGCUCCUUAUAUCCUGCAUGGACAGCCCUACAGACCUUUCCAUUUUCAGAACCCUCAUCUUUCGCAAAACAAUACUGCGGUCAGAGGAGAAGCAGAGGCUCAGUCCCCAGUACCAACCCAGUCCCCAAGUGUACAUCCCGCCUCAACCUUCCCAAUGAUCUUGUGGAACCUUCCAACGUCCUACUCAACUUGUGUGGCCCCUAAUGUGGUGGCCCCUCCCAGCAUACACCCUCUGGUGCUUUACUCCAACUUCUCCUCACUCCCUCUAUGUAACUACAUGUCCUCACCAUACUCAAGCUCCACCUAUGCGGAGCGGAGGGAUGUCUACCCCCCCAAUCUGAGACCUCCAAUGUCUCCCUCGCCUAGACCCUCUGAAGCCAGGAAUUCCCUGUCCGACUUCCCACCCAAUACAACGGUCUUUGACGUCCCCAUGUAUUCCCCACAUGGGAGCUACAUGUCACCUCAACACAUGUAUGGGCAGUAUUUAUCUGAUGGUGGCGCAUAUGGGCAGCAUUUAUCUCAAGUCGGGGUGUACCCAGGGUACAGACCCAGCGGUUACUGAUUGGCCAGAUGCCGAGACAAGGCUGGUUUCCGGCCAUUCAUUUUUACCCCAAGGACUAGCGGCACUUGAAGGCUUACCCGAUGACGUUGGCACCAGUGAUAAUUUUGUUGACGAAAUUAACACUAUUUUAGUCGACUAAAACUAAAACAAUUCAGAUGCUAUUGCACUACUGGAUGAGGAUAGGUAGGGAGCAUCUACAUAUAAAAAGGCUUUUUCUUAUAUUUGUUUCUUAAUAUUUAUUGCUGGCAAUAUAUUCAGGGAAUAUGUGCAAUGGCAUU